AUGGGCAACUUCACCAAGCCCUGGGAGUGGGAGUAUGAAAGCUACUUCGGUAACUUCACCCUGCCUGAGCCCUGGGAGUGGCCCUCUGAAGACUACAGGAACUGGGUGGUGAAAAAUGUGCUCAACGGCUUGGCGACGGCCUUUGGGCUGCUGGCCAACGGCCUCUUGCUGGGGCUGCUCAGCAGGGCCCCGCCCCUGCGCACCGUGUCCAACAUGUUCCUGCUGCAGCGGGCCGUGGCCGACGUGCUGGUCUUGAUGGUGGUUCCGUUCAUCAUUUACGCCAAUAUCCACCAUUAUUACGACGAGUUCUCCCCGCCCAUGUGCACGGCUCUCAGCAUCGUCGUGCACGGGGCCAUGAUGGCCAGCCACAUGUUCCUCAUGCUGUUCACCGUGGACAGUUACCUGGCGUCGCGCCCACAGCGGCACACACUCGCCCGGCGACGCAAAGUGCUGCGGGUGACGUCCGCGGCGGCCUGGCUCCUGGCGCCAGUCUCCGGGGCUGCCGCCUUCUUCAUCUUCAUUCGUCCCGUUUCCGCUCAUUGUUACUUCCAUCAAGCAUCUCUGGCAUUUCAAAUGCAUGAUUUCGUGUUCCGCCUGGGCGUGCCGCUGGUGGUGGUGUGGGUGUUCGUGGCCAUGACGCGCUGCUGCCGCCCCGCCGAGCCGUCCUCUCAGGACAAGCCGGAGGGGGGCGAGGGGGCUCCCAGCCGGCAGCUGCUGCUGGGCCUCGCCGCCUCCUUCACCGUGAUACUCGUCUUCAUCUGGAUCGGCGUUUUUCAAGGCUACAGACUCCUCUUUAUAGACUCAAUGAUCCCCGUCAUUGCGUUCACGCUUCCCUACCUCGAAAAAGUUGUUAACCCCAUCCUGGUCAUAUGUCUGUCGGAGGGACUUCGACAGUCGGUGGCUGGGAGGCUGCCGGUCCGCCGCUCCGCCUCACUGCCGCUGCAGGAGCUGUGA